GAGUAUGUCAUAAAUAUACAGUAGAAUAUGGAAUAUGGUAGGUGCUUCUCUCUCUCUCAACCUGAUCCACAUAAUUAUUUCUAAAAUGAGACUCAUACAGCCUGAAUCAGAGGCUACUAAUCCCCUGCAAGGGGCACUAGCAUAUUUGCUCAUUAAAGCAUUUUUACCCGUGCUGUGGAAUUCGUGCCAUAGAUUUCUCCCAGCUUUCUGAACCUUGGAGAAGGAUUGUUUUUUCUUCAGCUACAUAGUGGACUAAAAAGAAAAGCAAGGCCAGUAAUCUUAUAAUUAAAGUUGAGAUUUAAAGAGAGGGACUUUGAAUUAAUUGAUUAGACUUUAUAGUCUUGAAGUAAGUUGUUGUUGUUUUUGGUGUUGCUAGUUAGUAUUGGUGUAGAGUAAUAGUCAGUAUAAUGUGUAGUCAUUUGUGAGUUGUGAGUUAUAAGAACUUGCUAGUCAUCGAGAGCAUGUUGAUUUUGUGUAAAGUUAAUACGUGUAUACAUGUUUCAGGAUUUGUGUGAUCCGUGCAUGUGAGAAGUAUGAAGUUAACAUGCAUGUAAAGAAAUCUUGCCCUGUCUUGUAGUAUUAGCAAACAACUUAUUAUUGUCUACAUUCUUAAUUUAACACAAAACCCACACUCCUUCACCCUUUUCCUAGUUUCUAUUUUUCUACUGUUUGUUCAGAAAUACUUUUUGGACAGAAUUGCAUUCAGGCUAUGGAAAGACUUGAGGAAGCUCAUUAAUGGGGCCGUUUUCUGGCCUCCUGCUAUCCAAACAUUCUUUGAAAAGCCCCUUAAUUAAAAUUCAUUAGAGGGAAACAAACGUGUCCUGUCAGCCCCCCCCGGCCAACCACAAUGCUAUUCACAUGCUACAGUUUCUCUCCAUUUCAUCUCAAUGUCCUGCACUUCAUCACGCUUUUUUGGUCUGUAAAAAAAACUCUUAUAGUUUGCGCUUUUUUUCUCCCUCUACUUUUUCUGUGUCCUGUGCAGGUCUAGGUUAUUGUGAGUGUGUGUACAUGCAGGUGUAUGUUACUUGCCAUGUGCAGAUUGUACAGACUAUGGCCUGUGUUGGUCCUUCUGAAUGGCCUGAGUAACUGGAUACCAGUGGCAAAAAGUCAGGAAGCCUUGCGAAGGGAAGAUGUGGGUACAUUGGUCAGUGACCUUUUCAGGAUUGUCAAGUGUCCAGAAAAGCAGCAGCUCUGUGAGAAGGUAUGAAGAAGAGGUCUUUAACCAACCCACCUCGAAAUGAAUCUAAGACUAUUUCCUGCUCAACACAUAGUCACGAAACACAGCGAUUAGAUUGAACAAGGUUGUGCACGGCUAAAACACAAAACCGGGUUCAUUUCAUUCAUUAUAGUAACAAAAAUGCUCAUGAAUUUAACCCCACUGAGAGAAGAAAUGCAUCCUGUACUUUUAAGUAGUGUUUAUGUAAAAAAAAAAAUAAAAAAGGGUGAACAUUUCUUUUCAUGAUGUGAUAAGAUAAAAUCAUUAAGGACACCUUAAUAGAAAAAGACACCAUACUUUGAAUUAUACCCCAUUAUUGCUUGUUUAUUUCUUUAUUUCCAUCACUAGUUUACAGCCAGCUCCUUAGAGCAGUACUCUCACUAGAUCCUUUAAGCCAAAGAAAGAGAUUAUUAGGUACGAUGUGAACAGAGCUUUCCUUAUUGCAGCUUUAACCUUAAUGUCAACAGGAGACUUUUCUUUUUCAAGAAACCUUCCGCUUUUGUUAUUUGGACUUUGUGGUUUCUCUUUUAAUAAAAGGACCUCAUGGGAAUGGCAAGUGAAUGGCACUGAAGUGGUUUAUUCUGUGUUAGUGUGUUUGUAUGUGUGUUAUUAGGAAAUACAAAGCCUGUUCCCUAAGUACAAAGAGCUGCUUAACGUCAUGAGGUCUUUGAGUGUAUGUGUGUGUGUGUGUGUGUGUGUGUGUGAAGAAAGAAAAAAGGGUCCUCGGUUUUUUCUAAAAUGUUCCCUUGUCUUGCUUUUCUUAAACAAACUUGGAUACACAAUACACACAACAUACAAUCACAAAAUGCAAUAGAUAUUUGUGCUUAUUACACCCGUGAAACAAUAUAAUAUCCUAGAUUAAACCAGCCUGACUUAUAACAACAUAAUCUCUCUAUGUGCACAAUUAUUGCACAGCGUCACCUUUCUAACAGUUUGUGUUUAUUAUUUCCUAUGCUUCUUAUUAGUGUCUUCCUCAAGACUGGUUAAUGUCAGCCCUGGAAGAUGAUGGGAAUGACUACAUCAGUGAGAACACCUACCUUAAGAUGUCCACCAUGCUCCUCUAUUAUAUCGUCAACAUGAGACAGAUUUGUUCCCCUGAUGUCUCAUCUUUGUCACUCUCCUCCUUCUUUUCACCCUCAUAUCAUGAUUUCUCAUAUUGUCUUCGAGCUCUGACUUCACUCCACUCAUCGGAAGAUGGACAUUUUCUCUCGACCAAUGAGACAGAAAGCAUCCUGCGACUCAUUAACCAACACUACCAACCUGCUUCAAAACACACACAGUGUAUCGAUGCUGCACACCUGAUGGAGGAAGUGGGCGUGACUGACAGCAGGGGUGUUGAGGCAUCCUCUGUUCCUCUAUUGGCUGCGGCACUUGUCCAUCACUUGCGCCAGGGACACUGUGUAAGGAGACGUAACCUCCCCUUGCCUGCUUUCUUCACCGAUUACAUCUUCCAGUCUCUCAACCGAACCAGUGAUCUCCAUGUCAUGGAUCUGCAACAGCUGUUACAUCAAAUUGGUGUUGGUGGAGCUAGUAAAUCACAGGACAGGACAAUAAGGAGUAGAACAGGACCAUCCCCCAAUACGUAUCGUCAGGAAUUAGAAAGAGGAACCACAGACUGGACACAGAUGUGCUUUUCAGCUAGCCAGCUGCUGGAUAUCUUUGUCCUGGAUCCUUUCUCGCCAAUCUCCAGAGAUCACUUCAGGAACAUCUGUCCUGCAAUCAUUCAACAGCUGCUGGGUGAUGCCUGUAACCCUACACAAUCAAUAGCUAGGAAAGCAACACCAAGUGACCUUGAGAAGUAUGGCUACAGUUCAGUUGCUGUGUUGCUGAUCACAGUGGGUUCGAUGUUGGGAAUUUGCCUGAUUCUCUUUAGCUCCUGUCAGAAGACUUACAAUCUCAUCCUACAGCUGUUUGUUGGGCUUGCUGUGGGCACACUGUCAGGAGAUGCACUGCUUCAUCUGAUACCACAGAUCCUUGGCCUUCAUGAUGACAGCCAGCAUGAUGACUCUAACCUCAUGGAACCAAAAGCAUACCUGUGGAAGAUCAUGGGCAUAAUUGCUGGGAUCUACGGCUUUUUUCUUAUUGAGAGAAUCUUCUCAUUUGUAAUGUCAUCUCAUGGGCAUAUUUUAUACUGUCUUCUUCUUUUUACUAGUUGUGCACCCCACGUCUGCAUUUGUUUGUAUGUAGUAUACAGUAUAUUCAUGAAAAUGUAUCCAGUAUGCAUAUCUCAGUACGCAAUGCUAUGUUUUCUCUCACAGAGUCACUCACAUGGUUUGUCUGUAGAGUUGAGCUGUAAUGGAGAAGGCCAGAAAGUAAAAUCAGUGUCUACCAUGCAACUGAGAACUAUAGAGGAGACAGAGUGUUCAGAAAUGCAACCAACGGAGCCCGGCAUCGACCCUGCUCAGCAACAGAAACGAGGCAUUCCAAUGCUGGCUGUAAUGGUGAUAGUGGGCGACAGCCUCCAUAAUUUUGCAGAUGGUUUGGUGGUGGGUGCAGCUUUCUCCAACUCAGUCGAAACUGGCAUGGCAACAACAGUAGCUAUCCUGUGCCAUGAGAUUCCCCAUGAAAUGGGUGAUUUUGCAGUGCUGCUGAGUUCUGGUCUGUCAGUGAGGCGUGCUGUACUCAUGAACUUUGUCAGCGCACUCACAGCCUUCAUGGGGCUCUACAUCGGCCUCUUUGUCUCCUCAGAAAUGGAAGUUCAACAGUGGAUCUUUACCGUCACAGCUGGGAUAUUUCUCUAUCUGUCACUGGUGGAGAUGAUGCCAGAAAUGAGUAGAGUUCACUCUCCACAUCCAUUUCUUAUGUUUAUUCUGCAGAAUAUUGGCCUACUGGUGGGCUGGGCAUGUUUAUUACUUCUAGCACUCUUUGAACACAAACUCACUUUUUAAUACACACUUCCAUGCACAUUUUAUAAGAGAGCAUCAUAGAAUAUAAUGUUGUUUCGUUCAGUUUUUUUUUUUUUUUUUUUUUUAAAGAAAUGUCUUAACCCCCACUAAAAACUGCUGAAAACAAAUGUACAGUUAAGUAGUGUUAUUUUCCACAAUCCUAGUCUGGAACUUUCAAACUGUACAUGUUUUGAUAUUUUACCUAUUGUGAUGCACCAAAUUCAAACUAAUAAAGAAUGUGUAACUGUAUGUCAGUGUGGAGUUGAGUCAAAUAUAUUAGAGGCGGGAAUCUUAAAUAUCCCAUCCAGGGGUAAUGACACACCACACUGCACGUUCUGCAGAUAAACUAACUAAACUUUAUUUUUUCUAAACCCCAAAUUUUGAACUAAUUGCAUGUACUGUAAAGAAUUUAGGGCUGCACAAUGAAUCGAAUAUCGAUCGCGAUUAUGAUUUCGACUGCCCACGGUUACAUGAACAUAAUCGACUGCGAUAUUGACGUUUAAAGUUCGUCCUCCGCUCAUAGAAAACUCCGCUGCAGAUCAAAUCAAGCGCUUCCUAAACUUACAGCCAAUCACCAUAGGCCAUAAUGCCAAAACCCGGAAACGGAGUUAGCAUUUUAGCGCUCGAGCUGCUAGCUUCGCUUUGGAAAUCAUGACACUAACAUGAUGCUAAAAGGCACUACAGGGGUUGUCGGGGACAUUAAACGUCAUCACGCCGAACAGGAAAAAACUUUGCAGAUAAUAAUAAUAAUAAUAAUAAAGGUUAUUAUUCUGCAGUCUGGUGAACUGCAGCAACACGUACACACAUUAAUCCAUAGUAACAUGGAGCACGUGAACUAGAACUGCUGGUGGGUGAUGUGUUAGCGUGGCUGUGCACCUUCUUCUUCAUGACUCUCGUCUCUCCAUUGAGCUUCAAGUUGGUCUCCUUUUCCUCCCAGAGCGUCCGUUCGUAUCUGACGCGGAUGUCGUGGAGCUCGAGAUCG